UUCAAACGGCAGGACGCGAUAGCGGCAGCGUAAAGUGACUGAGCAUCACAUUUGUUGUAUUUGUCAAGUUUUAUCUUCCAGCACUAGUUUCUCCAAUGGAUUUAGAUAGCGGGACAUACGAGCCAGGAUUUGUUGGGAUACGGUUUUGUCAGGAAUGUAACAACAUGUUGUAUCCUAAAGAAGACAAGGAGAACCGUGUCCUGCUUUAUGCGUGCAGGAAUUGUGACUACCAACAAGAGGCAGACAACAGCUGCAUCUAUGUCAAUAAGAUCACCCACGAGGUUGAUGAGCUGACGCAGAUCAUCGCUGAUGUAUCUCAGGAUCCAACACUACCAAGGACAGAGGACCACCCCUGUCCCAAAUGUGGUCACAAGGAGGCAGUGUUCUUCCAGUCUCACAGUAUGAAGGCUGAGGAUGCUAUGAGACUGUACUACGUCUGCACGGCUCCUCACUGUGGACAUAGAUGGACAGAGUAAAGCUGGUGAUGAUGAAGAGGUCUGACAUUUGCAUCUACAGUACUGCCAUUCACACAAAAAAAUGCUCCUAGCUGCAGCUCAAAUAGAUAUUUUUAUUCUACUAUACAAGUCAGAAUUCUACACAAAUUGGUAAAAAUGAAUAUGAUAUAAUAUCUUACUGUACAAUUUGCAGGACUGUUGAUGUUUGUAGACCCUGAAAUCUUCUUUGUAUGACAUGGUUGUCAGACACCAUCUUGUGAAUAUAAUGUAUCAAUAGUUUUUUAACAGUCGUCCUUUUCAAAAUGUGUUUUGUUAGAUUAAAAGAAUCAGUUGUUUCA